GGGACUUUACAGGAAAACGUGACCUCGCGUCACAGCGCUCAUCGUCGUUGCCGUUGAGCAACACGUCCGUCGCGUUCGCCCAACCCACCAGCACCGCCUGAUGGACCUCGCCGCCUCAAUGUCGACCGCGCGCCGUACCCGGAGCAAUGGACAUUGAUGAGUUCUCAGACGACGGAUUCGACGACCUCACAGACAAUGUCCUGCAGGAGCUCGAGCGAAACGCCAUUCAACUCACCCAAGGACAUGCCCUGCGCCCCAGCCAGCAGCAGCAGCAGCAACAACAACAGCAGCCGAGUCAGGAUGUCCUGCAGCACCGGUACUCCGACUACGGAUGGGAGGAGGAGGACGAUGAUUUGGAUACCACCGAGGUGACCAACGAUGUUGGAGCUCCCAUAGGCCGCCCAGUCGUCGACAAGACGUUGCAGCAACGGCAGCAGCAGCACCCCUCUGCUCCUCGUCGGCCCAUUCCUCCCGUGCCCAACCCACGAUGGAAUCCCACCGUCGACCCAACGAGCCGUCAGGGCGGUCCCAUGACUGCCGGCGCUCGGCCGCCCGGUGCGGUAGCCCCAAGUCAGCCGUUUUCCGCUUCUCAGGGUUUCCAGCCACAAGGGCCAGGCCGCAUCACCCAGCCUCAGCCGAGCCAGUUUGCGCGGUCGGCACUUCCGCCCGGCGGCCGCUUCCCCGCGUCUCAGGCCUCCCAGGCGCCCUCGGGCGACAUGGUAGCGGCCCUGCAGCAGCGGCUCAAGACCUUAGAGACGGAGUUGCACAUUGCGCGAGGCGAGGUGUCCAUCAUCCGAGCCAACUCGACCAAGGCGCAACAGGAAUACGACGCGCAGGUUGCGCGCCUCAAGAAGCUCAAUGCGGAGCAGCUGGCGAAGCAGGAGCGCAUCGUCGAAGCCGCCGUGGCGGCCGAGAAGAGCGCCAACACGGAGCUGCAGUUUCUCCAGCGGGACAUGCGUGAGGUCAGCGACCGGGCCCGGAGGAGGGACACCGCCGGCCCCGCCGCGGCCGCGGGAGCUGUAUCUACUCCAAAGAAGACCAACAAGACGUGGGGCAUUGCCGACGGGUUUGACGAGAUGGACAUUGCCCUGAGCCCCAGCAAGGGUCAAGGGCGCGGCAAGGGCUCCGGCUCGGUGGCGGCCAACGUUGGCGAAAGGACACCGAGCAAGGGCAAACGGAAGAGGCCAGUGAUGGAUAGUCCAAUAGCAGCUCUGGAGACGCACACCGAAGACGUGGAAAUGGGACAUGAUAAACCGGCUUCACAGGGGCAGCAGCACCCGGCCGUCGUCAUGGCGGUUCCGACGGCCCCGUUUGAGUUCCUCCAACUGGUGCUGGAUCACGGAUCUUUUCACCAGCAGCCGCCGACUUUCGACACGCUGUCGCGCUAUUCCUUUCCGUCGGACCCAACAGGCACGUCAUUUGCUGCCAUGAUCUUCGAGAAGCUGCCCCUAAUGGGCAACCCGCACCGGCCGAUGCAACUGCUGGUGGAUUUUACGGAACACAUCAUCGCCAUGUGGACUCGCUGUCUCGAGGAGCAGUUCUGGGAGCCAGUCAAGUAUCUCGUCGCGCUGGUGUCCUUUACUUUUGAUCUGCACGUCAUCUCUGUGGCGCCGCUGGUGGUUGGCAAUCUUGCCCCUGUCGCCCAGUCGACAAUACUCGUUUUGGCUGAAGCACGUCGUCGCGCGCCAGACGGCAACCUCUCCAACAGCGACGAGUACGCGUUCUUCGAAGAGCACAUUGACACGACGCAAAUACUCUCGCUUCUCACACUUUGCGCGCUCGCAUGCGCGACGACGCCCAGUGAAACGGGGGACGGGGUCGACUGCACGGCCAGCAGCUUCUGGAAGCUCAUGUCACUGGACUUGGUGCUGCUUCUCCUGACGCCGCGUCAGUUGUUCAGCGACACUCUGGCCAUGCUGGACUUGCUGGCCUCGUCCUCGUUGCCAAGCUCUAUUGGGCCCGUCACUGAGGAAGCCGAGCCCGCCGUGAUCGCACGAGCCAUCAUCGAGCGGGUGUCGGCCAAGUUGAUAGAGCCUCUCCGGGCGAAUAUGACACCCGGACAACGUCGGAGACUGCGACUGGCUACAUUGCGGACCUUGGCUGCUUUUGCGCGUUACCCCUUUGGCGCCAUGCAGCUGGCAUGUCACGACAACGCACUACCUCGUCUGGUAACGUGUUUGAGCGCGUCAAUAGACGAUUUAUACGAUCAGCCGAUCCCAGCAUCUGCCGUUGACCCUUUACCCCGGGUCAUCACUUCGUCUUCGGUCAAGAUUCCACACUCGAAUACGUCGGCGGACCUGUUCAAGAUCAUUUCACAGAGCGUCGCGCUGAUUCACACGCUAGUAACCAGCGAGAAGACGUCUAGCGUCGCAGACAUAGGCCAGAAGCUGUCCAUGACGCACGGGGGUAGCCAGCGAUACCUCAUUGCGCUCGGAAGGCUGUAUUUUGCGGAAGAUUUGAUCAUCGAGCAUGGCAUCGAAUCGCAGGUGGUGGAUGCGGCGCAAGAGCUGCUGGAGCUGGCAGUCACGCCGGAUGAGGGAUAUGCCGUGGGUGAGGCGUUUGGUUUCUGAGGCACUUCUUGGAGGGCGGCUGAGCCGUUGGAUGGUGUUGAAUAUACCCGUAUUUGCAGGAGUAGGGGAGGCCAGUUAGGCAAUAUCCUAAUGUGAUCAGGACUCGAGCAAGAGGGGGGGCCUGUUUUGCUGUCGAGCUUGCGAUGCGCACAUAUCAAUAUGCAUCGAUGACACAAGGGCCUCGGCAGCGCUUGUGAUCAAGUUUGAAUAUACGGACACGGCCCGGGCAUGCUGGGCGGCUCAUAUCAUGUAUACGAAAGCAGAGCACAACGUACUUCGUGGUCAGUGUAUCGUUUUGAUAGGAAAUUAAACC